ACCUUGGUCAUGCCAAGAUGAUGAUGUAUAAUAUUUAAAAUACUUGUUUCGGAUACUCCAACUAGUGAUAGUUGUUUUUUUUUUUUUUAUUGCGGGUAGAUGUGUAAGAAGUAACAGCUAAAAUUUUUGUCUCCAAAUAUAAGUGUUAUUUUAAAUUAUAUAUAUUGUAUAAGUAGUUAUAUAUUUAUGUGUAUAUUAAUAGUCUAGCUAAUAUCUACCUGCAGUGAUAUUAUUUCCUUUCUUUCACUCCUAUAAUCUCAUAAUGGACGCACUACAACAAUCAAUGAACACAAUGAUGGAGCUUCUUAACGCAAAGAUGGUAACAUUCCAAGAGGAUCUCCAAAGGAUAAGUACUACACCAGCCACAAUCUCCUCAUUGGCGGCAAACUUCACCGCCUUUCGGUCAUUUGCAGCUGAGGUGAUGAACAACCUACAACAUCAGGUACAAAUACUUGCACGUCAAAUGGAACAACUUGAAAUGCGCAGUCGACGCAAAAUCUUGCUGUUCCAUGGGGUUCAAGAGCGUGGGGGCGAUGACUCUGCUUCGGAAGUAGUCAGAAUUGUAACUGAGCACUUUAAACUUCCUGACUUCUCUGCAAAUGACAUCAGUAGAAGUCAUCGUCUGGGACGAUCAAGCGCUGACAAACCAAAGCCUAUUUUAGUAAAAUUCCGAAAUGCAGCUACUCGUAAUAAAAUAUGGUUUGCUAAGACAGCAUUGAAGGAUAGCGGCGUCACUAUGUCAGAAUUCCUGACCAAGUCUAGACAUGAUGCAUUCAUGGCUGCUCGUCAACAGUUCGGAGUGAAGAGAUGUUGGACUCGGGACGGCUAUGUGAUUGUAAUUACAUCAGAUGGUUUAAAACACCGAGUCAGUACUGUCGACGAAGUUCAAAAACUCAUCCAGGUUUCUGCUGCAGUACCUAAGUAA